UCGCUCGAAGCGCUCGCUUUGAAAUUUGAGAAGGUUCCACAUGCGCCGCCACGUUCCAAUUAGAAAGUGCUGUUCGUUGUUGUUGUUGCUGAUGCUGCUGCUGCUUUUGAACAUGAGAUAGAGCCGAACAAAACAGCAUGAGCAGCGAAUUGGAGCCUGUUAGUUUAGAGUUCAUCGAGGACUCUUAUCUGCCGCGCAUCGAUGACAUCACCACAACGCCAUCGCUCGACGACCUGGAAAUAUCUCCAGCUAGCGAUUUGGAAUGCGGUUGCUAUUGCGAUGAAGCUGAGCUCUAUUUGCGUAAUCUGACGCUCGACGACAUCUUCUAUGAUGUCGACUCGGACUACGCCAAUACGCUUGAGCUGCAAACCGUCGAGACGGAUUUCAUUGCGGCCAAGCUGUCUAAUCAGGCGCCGUCGCCAUCGAUGGCGAAACGUUUCCGCUUAAAAUUCUUUACCAAGCGUACCAUGCGCGAUAUAAAGGUCACGUUUAUAGAUUUCUCGAAACCAUAUCUGGCCAAAAUAUCAAAUAGCGAUAACUACAAAAGGUUUCUCACAAUUGCUCAGGUUGGCAAAGGUAAAGAGUGGCCAGAUUUUUCAGCCUAAUGACUAGAUAAUAGCGCCCACUUGUCGGAGCCCACAUCUCCAACAGCAUCUGUGGCAUCUGCAGAGAUUGCCGCCGAGUUUGCAGCGCUCACCGUUGAGGAGAAGGAACAGCGACGCGCCGAAUGGAGCCAGGAACUGGCACGUGUUGAGGAGGAAAUCAAUACGUUGCGCACGGUGCUGGCCUCCAAGACGCGUCAUGCUUCCGAUCUGAAGCGCAAACUGGGCAUCACCGUCUGGCGAGAGCUCACCGACGAUGUCAAUCAAGGCGUCAAGAACUUGAAAGAGAGUCACGUUUAUCAAUCGAUGGAGCAGGGCGUGGGCAACAUAUCUAAAGCCGUGCAAGAUGCACCACUUUACCAACGUACUGAAUCAGUGCUUAAGUCGACCGGUGAGAAAACGGCUUCGGUUUUUGGCAGCAUUACGAGCGGGAUUACGUCGAAAUUCUCACAAAUGAAAAAUUCUGACUCGAUGCGUUCUAUCGAAGCUUCGGUUGGCUCUGCCUAUGAGAACGUUAAAACGAAGGUGACAUCCCGUUCGGGAUCAGUUUCCAGUUUCCCAGACGCUCUAGAUGAGAACAACACAUCAUCGGGACUCAAUUCACCCACUGAUUCUCUAACAAAAUAAAUGUGCGAGUGUGUUGAAAAACUACACACUUCACAUACACACACCACACUCACAUACACACACACACACACAAAUACACAAUAUACAAGCAGCACGCGUAAAUUAAUCAAAAACUAAUUAAAACACAUACACAUAAAUAACACUUAAUUAACAUACAUACAUAUAAACAGAUUCGUGCGCACUAACACCAAGAACGGAAUUUAAUAAUUUAUGUGGAGAUGUGUGUGAUUAUUAUUAUUACUAUUAUACUAUUUAAUGUAUGCAUCUAUCUUGCAUUAUCUUGGUAGCAUACAUAUGUGCGUGUCAGUGCUCCACUUCUAUAAAGAUAAAUUGUUUGGGUUAGAAAGCGAUAAAGUAUAUUUACUGAAUUCAAUUUACGUAAAUCUAAGUGUAUGUUUAAUGUUCAAGCAAAACCAAAAGGACACCAACAACAAGAAAUGUAAACAAAACUAUACAUUGAUAACGUAUUUACGCUAACUUUUGUUAACACACACAGACACACAUGAAAGAGAUAAUCAUUGUGCGGAUUUCAUUCCAAACUUUUUUGCCCCUUCACUUUGGGUCGCUUGGCUAAAUGGCGUAACUGAAAAAAAAAAAACAAUUUCAAAAUUAAUUGAGAAUAAUUCAAACAAUGAAAAAAGAGCUUAAAUGCUAAAUAAAGAAAUUAAAUACAUUGCCAAUGUUCACAGGCAAAUGCUCUAAACACAAUGUAAAAAAUGUACGGCAUACACGCACGCAGCUAACUUGUUGCAUCUACACUUGAUCUAAGAUUUGCUAUAUGUGUAUGGAAUUCUUUAAAUAAAUACGAAAUUUUUGUGCCCCAAA